GAACAUCGAGGAACGAUCCAACCUAAGAAAUGAACACCAACGAACUCGGUUUCUUUCUGCUUCUCGUGGGUCUAGCUCUGACUCAGGCGGUUCCAACGAAACUCACGGACGAGGUAUCCCUGAACGAGGGCCAAGAAGAGCCGAAGGUCGACGAGACAGAAGGAGAGGACCAAGUCAGACCGAAGAAAUCGACCAUAUGUCUGGAAUCCGGUAGCCUGGUGCCUCAAGUGCAGUCAGGCGGCAUCCAAACUGUCUCACAGCCCGUUCAAACGUUGAACAUCCAACCGGUGGCUCAGAGACUUCAGACGUAUAACUUCCAGGCUGUUCCACAACAGCAACAACAACAAGUCCAAGCCGUCAGCAUCCAGCAGGUCCCCCAGCAAAUUCAGAUGAGCGUGAUCCAACCUUCUCAGGCGUGUAUGAAGUUGAUCCAACCACCUGUUCAACCCACUGUGAAAGUGAUUCAGCCGCCCCAAGUUUAUCUGCCGUCUCAAACGAACGUCAACAUCAUCCAACCACCGAGGGAGGCGGCGAAACCGGUCGUCGAAACUGUCAUCAAGGAGAAGAUCGUGAAGAAUGAUCCUAAGCCGGAGAAGAUUGUGCUCCCCAAGGAGGAACCUCUGUUCCCUAAGCCUGUCAUGGUGGUGGCUGAGCCUGAGCCAGUGGCCUACGUCAAGGUGCCUCAGUGUAAUCAGUGUCAACAGAGUGUGAUGCAAUGCAGUUGCACCAAGCAGCGGAUACCUGCCCUGAGCUCGGUUGUUCUAAUGGAGCCUGCCGCGAGUAUUCUGGAAUACAAGAGAAGGAACUCGCAAGCGGCUCCUUUGUUGAAUCAUCACGCGCAUCAUCAUCAUCAUCAUUUAUGAUCUAUGGACCGAGGGGGAAGAGAUUGCCAGGCCUGGAGUCAGUACAGCGAGGAAGAUGAAACGAUGUGAUAAAAUGCACGAAAAU